AUGGCCAGCGCCAUUUCCGAGGGACUGGCCACUUUUUACGCUUGUAAAUGUUUAAAUGUUCGCAUAAAUACCUCCCAGCCCUCUUCCGCUGCUCCUGAAUGUCCAAGCGAUCCACAAUACACCCCAGUCUUCGUUCAGGACGAUGGAAUUUCUGUGACUCAUCCUCAGGUUACCGUUCGCAUUCCGUCCAAACCAAUGCCUGUAUCAGGCACUACCAAAUGCUCUCGUUUUACUACUUUGGCGUGCCUUUUGUGCAAUCUGCAUGUUUAUCGCGUUUACCAGAUCAUUUCACCUGAUGUUGAAGGGAACGAUUCGACUUUGCUGCCCACGGAAGAUUGGGUAGAGCAUGAGAUCAUGAAGAGCGCUACUGGAUGGAUUGAGGUGCAUAAGGAUACCCUAAUUGGGGAGAACAUAUCUCAAGCGGAAAAGUCGACAUCUUAUGCUCCCUAUCUAUCUCUUUUGCUCCCAUCUCGUAACCCUUCGCCAGUAGUGGACGAGGAAGAGACCAUCUAUCUUACAAAACCAUCAUCCGAUGAACCCCCUUCGUACCUCUCCAAUUUGCCACCGUUGUUCUUGCCACCCCCAUACACAUCUUCACAUCCUAUCUUCGUCCUACUGGCAGGGCUAGCUACGAAAGAAUCGCAGGCAUUACGUGCGAGUGCAGAACAGCGUAUACGAGAUUUCGUAAAGGCCGAGACUGCCGGCAUCGAGAUGAAAGAAAAGGAACUGAAAAGUCAGGUAGAUGGCCUAUGGAGAGACUAUAGGGAGCAUCUUAAUGCAAUACAAGAAGAACGGAGUAAUGGUGGCAAUUCCGUCCGCUCGCCAUCCAGCGCUGGACAGGGCAAAGACCUCGAUUUGUUUGCUCCAGGCAGCUCCCGUACAGGCUCAGAAGUAUCUUCAUCUGUCAAGAUCACAAGUUUUGUCCCCCAACGCGUAUCUUCGAACCUCUCCACUAUUUCCCAAUCUCUUCCGCGGGUGUCUGCUCUCUCAGCAUCCUUGGCCAAUUCUGGUUUCCACCACCCGAGGAAUACUCGGCGGGAUCAGAUUGAGGCGGAAUCCGAUGGCGUUGCCAAUGAAGCUAGCUCGAGCACCUUAUCAACGCCAAGAUCUGGAUCGUCAACACUAACUCGUCCUCGUACGGCAGGCAUCAGUACUCAGGAGUUUAAGAGAAAUCUGGAUGAAAAUCUUAAUACACAACAAAGCUAUCGGUAUUUCCUUAAUCUCGAAGAGGAAAUGGCUCGACAUAAGCGCCUCAAAGAGGAAGAACUGUCUAGGAGGCAACGGGGACUAGCUGCUUCAGCAGAUCAUGCUGAUCAAGUUGAGGAUGCAGGAAGUGAAUCAAUUUCCACAACGCAUCAAACCAAGGAGACUCUUGCUGAGAAACCUGUUAAACAUGAUGGUGAUGGACUUCCAACACGCGGCCGCGACAAGGGCAAGAGGAAGGUCACUUUUGAUGUCGCACCCGCUGUGAUGACUGCCCAGAGUGAUGGAGAGAGUACGGAAGGGGAGACUACUGCAGGAGAAUCUGAAUCUAGAGAAAUGCUCUUCCCAUUGGAAGACAUUGACGGAGAAGAGUCGAUGGAGAAAUCGACUAAUGAUCGACAUAAUACUCUUCCACUCCUUGAACAAUCUAUCCCUCGCCCAAUCAAUAUUCGCAGCAAACGUCCCAACCCUGCCUUUGAGGCAUUUGCAUCAUUGCGUCCGGCUUCUCUACCCGCUCCGUCGAAUAUCCGUCCAGUCAGAAGUCAGCCAGGUGUGGAUUCGUCGUCACAGGGUAUGUUACCUUUCUCUCGGCCCUCCACAAGUCUCGCACGGAAUGAAGGUACCUCGCGCGUCACGACAUCGCCCGCCGUUCCUCUGAGUGAAACCGACGCGGCUCUUCUGAAAUUGGUUGCAGCUGAGACCCCGAGUCAUCGUGGGGCAUGGGCGCCAAAUAGUAAGGCAUGGCAAAUAUUUACACGGCGACAGAAUUCAAAGAAAAUUUCAGUGCCAGACAAGUCUACCGAUACAUCGAACAAGGGAGCUGAUGACUCAACUGAGCCAUCGAAGGCUGGUUCCAUAUCUCCCACCGGAACAAAAUCCAAGGGGGUGAAAUUCGAAACAAAGGCAAAGGUGCUCAUGCUCGACGUUGAAGACGACAAAGAAGAUGAAUAUCGAACAUACGCUGAGCGUGGUUUACCCGGCUCUUUGCGCAUCGAGGUCAUGCGACCUAAGCAAAAGGAGCCCCUUUCCCUUGCAUCUUAUAUUGUCCCUUCUGCCAUGCCAAACAAAGCUCUCGCGAGUGUUCCAUCUUUCAGUGUUAAUAGCAAGCAACUUUCAGCUGCUGCUAUUCGUGAUUUAGCAUAUGCAGAGCGGGAUCGAAAUCGUGGCCAGGAUCCAGGUCCCGCCCUGGACUUCACGAUUCCCGAGGAUGAUGAAGACGAAGAUGAUGACGAUGGCGAUGAGGCGGGUCCCGUUUCUUCGGAAGUUGGACAGAAGGCUCGCAAACAUGCUCUAAAAAUAAUUCAAGCUCGAAACGCGAUACCUGAAGAAGGGAUGUGGAGAAGUUUGGCAUGA